UUCCAGAUCCAGGCUGAUGGAGCGGAUGAAGGCUGUGUGACGUUUGUGCUGCAUGAUGAGGAUCACACUCUGGGCAACUCCCUCAGAUACAUGAUCAUGAAGAAUGUGGAGGUGGACUUCUGUGGCUACACCAUCACCCACCCAUCUGAGAGCAAGAUUAACUUUCGUAUUCAGACCCGAGGUGAGCGACGCCCUGGCUGCUGCAUCCAUGCCCUUACAUGAGCAUCUGUGUGCAGAGCCAGCGGAGAAUCACUGUUUCCAGACGCUCUUACGACGACGUUAAUCAAAGUCUGGUGCCUCCGCUCUACUUCAACUGCACACAAACAGAACAUUUGGAGAUGUUCAGGAACACACAUGCACACAC